UUACAGGGUUCUGUCUGCUCUGAGGUCGCUAUACCACGAGCUGAAGUGGGAAGGACCAUCGCCAGAGGAGAUCCUGUAUCUUUUCUGCUUGAAAAGAAAUCCCUCCCGAGCUCGGGGAGGAGACGACUUCUAUUAUCUCUCGAGCUACCCCAAGGAGAAAAAGAUGUUUGAGGAUCUUCCCAACCAUCCUCCUGACUUUAAGAAGGCCUUCUUCUGGACAGAUGGCCUAGCUCCGUCUCGAUACUACUCGUUCAGACGGAUUCGUAAGUAUCCCAACCUCCUUCUUUUCUAUGCUCGGACUUUUGUCUAUAGGCCGGUACUUAGUUGAAAUGUAUUUUAUUUUCCAGUCAACUAUCAUCGUCCUACUCCUACUGACGAGAUGAAGGAGCAUAGAGAGACUCUGCUCCAACUCCCUUAUGGCAGGAGAUCCCUCUCAUACCUUUUGCAUGAAGGUAAGCUCUGAGCUUGCGGGCUCUUGGGAAAUGGCCAGUCCACCUCAGAUUGGUCCAAUAAAAAAUAUGACCGCUGGGAGCUCGUGCCUUUGCCAACAGGCAUCCUCCCCCCAAGGAGAGAGGUGAGGCCCCCGCCUCUAGUUCGUCGAAGGAGCCCGCAAUUAGGGAACGAGGCCAACGAUGAAGCCUCGAGCUCGGGAUCGGAUGAUCAAGGUACAGUCAUCCUAAGCUCGAAAAUGUGGUCCCCCACCCUAUUAAAACACAAACCCAAUAGGUUAGUAUUGUGCGAGGACGAUAGAGACCAUUUUUGUGUAUGGACUUGGGUAGAUGAACGAGUUCAUAGGUUCGAUAGCUGGCUCGGGAAAUACGACACUAUGUAUAGCCUGAACGAGGUAUGGAACGGAAUAGCCGUCCAAUAUGGGACCAACGACUAUUGGGACCUUUCGAGGUUGACGUCCACCUAUAGGGAAGGUACUCCCCCCGCUUCUUCUGAAGAUGGGGGAAUUUCAUGGUCUCCGAGCUCAAGCUCGGAGGAGAGUUCCAGUUAGGUUUUUCUCCACUUGUUUUUUCUUAUUUCUUCUACGUUUGUUAGCACCAUGCUAAAUCUUGAUUGCAACUGUGCAGGUGCUAUGGACUCUGACCUUGACGCUGUGCUCUACAGUGGCGAGGGGGCUCAAAAGAGUAAGCGCCCAAGAGGCUCGCGGAGGUCAGACCGACCCUCCAAAAUCCUCAAGCGCACUGAGAAAACUCCAUCAGCUCUAACUACUGCGAGUACAGCCGAGGACCCGACUGCCCAGGUCGAUGCAUCCGUCUCAGCCGCAUCUGCCGCGCUUCCUCCGGCUACAAUUCCUCCAGCACUCGGCCCAUCCCCGAAAAAACCCUCAACCUCCAAGUCACUCUUGCCGUCGGCCCGACCUCACGUUGAUGAGUUCGUGCUUGAUAGUGCUGCCGGGGCCCACAGAGCUGUAAUUGGCUCGGAUAUCCUCUCUCGGGUGGGUCAGAGUCUUACGGGAUUCGACAAUGAUCACUGAGAGUUUGUGAAUAAGGCUCGAGACUGCAAUACUCUUUAUGAUAAGAGUAUUGAACUUACUGCUGCGGCUCUUGUCGUCUCCGCUCAGCUUAAUUAUAAGCUGACCAAUGAGGUGCACUCGAGCAUGUCUUUGGCCCAGGAGUCAAGGAAUCUCUAGCUUAAAAUGGCUGAUGAGCUCAAGGACUCGAAGAUAGAGCUCGAAAAGGCGAAUGCUCGGCUUGCGGAGCUGGAGAAAGCUAAUGCCAAGCUCAAGGAGGAGAAGGCUGCCACUUUCGAGAUAAUCGAGAGUGAAAAGGCUCGCCUCCUUGCCGAGUACAAAGAGAAGAAGGACAAGGCGGUUGAUCAAGCCAUGUACAGGAUCUGGGCUAGCAACGCUAACCUUGAUACCAGCUUCCUGGGCUCUUUCGAGGAAGGAUUUGUGGCCAAAUGGCAAGCUCGGCUUGACGCGGAGGAGGCUACUCGGGCUGCUUGGGAGACUGCUCAGAAGGAUAGUCAUACUAUUCGUCCUGGAGAGUCUAGUGCUCCUGGUGAUGAGAAGGCCAAGGAGACUGCUCCUUCAUAAAUUUCACUUCGGGGCUGUGUCCCUUUAUUUUUGUAAUUGUUUUAAUUUAUGCCCGUAGGGCUAAUACAAUUUC